GUCAGAGAGAUACAUAGUUCUCAGUUCUCAUCACACAUUAACCUGCGAUGUCGAGUUGAUCGUUUAAUUCCCAUUUGAUUGAUGCUCGCGGAGGCCCUUUUUAAAUAAAACGGAUCAGAGCACUAAAUAUGGCCAGCAAAGUAUGGCAUACAGAAUUGUGGAAGUCAUGGGAUAAACACGGAAGAAACGAUUUCCUCAAGCUAAUCAAGCACAAAUUUAAGGAAGGCAACGCACCAGAAUGGAAGCGCGGAUUAUACGAAUUAAUAUCAAAUGGAAUCCAUGGGAAUGUAAAAAAGGACAGUGUAGUACAGACAUUAGGUGAACUUAUGAAUUUUGAUGGUGCAAUACCAUCUGCAAUAGUAGAUAUAUUUACUUUAAUCGAUGCAGAAGCACAUAAUGAAGAAAGGAACAAUUUUUACUAUAUUGUGAAAGAAUCUGAAAAGUUUUUGACCGACAGAAUAUUGAAAGAACGUUUAGAGAUUGAAACUUUGCAAGAUGUAGGAACAUUAAAAAACAAAAAUUUUCAAACAAAGUUUAUAAAAGUGAAAACAAAAUUAUAUUAUAAGCAGAGAAAAUUUAAUUUAUUUCGUGAAGAGAGCGAGGGUUAUUCCAAGCUCAUUGUAGAAUUAAAUCAAGAACGUCCAGGCAAUGAAGUAGCCUCGACACUGGAAAUCGUUAAAUCUCUUAUCGGUUAUUUUAAUCUUGAUCCUAAUAGAGUACUCGACAUCUUGCUAGAAACUUUUGAAAACCGACCGCAAGAUGAUGCUUUAUUUAUUCCCUUAAUACGCUCGUACAUGAGUGAUCAACAGGUACUUUGCGAGGUGUUAGGGUUUAAAUACUGCUCCACUGUCGACGCUACGCCAUUCUCGCUGCAAAAGGUCACCGCGCUUAUGCUGCAGCACAAUGUGAUUAAACUGGACGACAUAUUACCUUGGCUAGUGCCAGAUGAUAAAACUAUCAUAUUAGAUCACGAACAGGCGAUGAAGCAGGCUAAGGAGUAUGUGCGAAAAUUGAGUGUGAUUUCAACAAAGGACAAAGAAGACGUUGUGGAAGAGAAGGACAAUGCACAAGACAAAUAUGCGAACAAUCAAAAAUUUGUAUUAUGCGAAGCCCUUCUGGAAAUCGGAGCUUGGGAAGUGGCACAAAGCUUAUUCAAUCGUUUGCCAGAUUGUUGUUUCACUGAUCAACGUCCCAUAGCUUUAGCAUUGUGCAAAAUGAUUCAGGCUCUUAUUGAACCCGUGUAUAGGAAACAUUGCAUCGUUUCUCCCAAAUUGCCGGGUCGUAAAGUGCCUCCUUUAAAAAGCGCUCUCGCACCGCCACUGAUACACGAUUUGGAGGAUAUUCACGAGCACUUAUUGCCGAUGUUGAUCGUGCUUGGGCCGAAUCUACACCACGAUCCUAUUCUAAUGUACAAGGUGAUGAGGCUGUGUCAUACUGCUAUCAAGCACUGUCCUCUCGAUGUGGGCAAACAGCCGUUGAACAAGAACUGCAGUCUAUAUUACGACGUAUUGACAAUUCUCGACGUUGCACUGCUACCCUCGCUCUCUUUCAUGGACUGCAAUUGUUGCGUCGCUGAGGAAUUGUGGAACAUUUUGAAAUAUUAUCCUUAUCAAAAUCGCUACUGUUUAUACGCGCGCUGGAAGAACGACACUCCGUUACAGCAUGCAGCUCUGUUACGGAAACGAGCGGAUGCCCAAAAGAAAAUCAAGUCUAUCAUGAAACGCGUGAGCAAAGAGACGAUCAAGCCGGUCGGCCGAUCGAUAGGGAAACUUACGCAUUCUUCACCAGGUGUAUUGUUCGAUUACGUUCUCAUACAGAUUCAAUUAUACGACAACCUUAUAGGGCCUGUAGUAGACUCCUUAAAAUACUUGACAAAUAUUUCGUACGACGUGUUAGGAUACUGUCUUGUGGAGGCAUUAGCAGGUGCUGACAGGGAUAGAUUUAAACACGACGGCACCAGUAUAUCUUUAUGGUUGCAAUCUCUGGCUUCCUUUUGCGGAGCGAUAUUUAAGAAAUAUAACAUCGAAUUAACAGGAUUAUUACAAUAUGUAGCGAAUCAACUUAAAGCUCAAAAGAGUCUAGAUUUAUUGAUAUUGAAGGAGAUAGUACAAAAAAUGGCUGGUAUCGAAGCAGCCGAAGAAAUGACAUCUGAUCAAUUAGAUGCAAUGGCGGGUGGUGAUUUGUUGAAAAAUGAGGCCGGUUACUUCAGUCAAGUCCGCAACACGAAGAAAUCUUCACAGCGUUUGAAGGAAGCUCUUGCUGAGCACGAUCUCGCAGUCGCCUUAUGCUUGCUGAUGGCACAGCAGAAACACUGCGUCGUUUACAGAGAGACGGAUAAAUCUCAUCUGAAACUCGUUGGCAAGUUGUACGAUCAGUGUCAAGACACACUGGUACAAUUCGGAACGUUUCUGGGGUCAACUAUGACAGUGGACGAGUAUGUGGAGCGACUGCCUUCAAUUCAUUCUAUGCUCCAGGAUAAUCACAUACACUCGGAUGUUGCAUUUUUUCUGGCAAGGCCAAUGUUCGCACAUGCCAUAAAUAUAAAAUAUGAUGCCCUUCGUAAAGCCGAUCCGAAUUACAAGAAAAUGUCCACGGCUAUGAAACAAUUGAAAUAUGCGGAAGCCGCGCAAGCUGUUAUGGCACCCGUCGCUCAGUCAGUCAGACCGUUGCACCCUCUAAAAGUAUGGGAGGACAUAUCACCACAAUUCUUAGUCACAUUUUGGUCCCUGUCGAUGUACGAUUUGUAUGUGCCAGUGGAAAGCUAUCAAAGGGAAAUCAGCAAGUUGAAGCAACUCGCGGUACAGACGGCCGAUUCCAAAGAUAUGAAUAUAAGUAAAGGAAAAAAGGAACAGGAAAGAUAUACUACUCUGAUUGAGAAGCUGCAGGAUGAAAAGAAGAAGCAAGAGGAACAUGUUGAGAAAGUAUUUGCGUACCUGAGACAAGAAAAGGAUACAUGGUUCUUGUCACGAAGCGCCAAGUCUGCGAAGAACGAGACGAUAACGCAAUUUCUGCAGUUGUGCCUAUUUCCGCGGUGUACAUUCACAACUGUGGACGCCAUGUAUUGUGCGAAAUUUGUACAUACCAUUCAUUCCUUGAAGACUGCAAAUUUUUCGACCCUGCUUUGCUACGAUCGUCUUUUCUGUGAUAUUACAUAUUCAGUCACUUCAUGCACAGAGAAUGAAGCAAAUCGAUAUGGCAGAUUUUUGUGCGCCAUGUUAGAGACUGUGAUGAGAUGGCAUUCCGAGAAAGCCAUAUUUGAUAAGGAAUGCAGUAAUUAUCCCGGAUUCGUGACUAAGUUUCGCGUGAGCAAUCAAUUUUCCGAAGCGAAUGAUAUGGUCGGAUUUGAAAAUUACAGACAUGUGUGUCACAAGUGGCAUUACAAAAUCACAAAGGCUAUUGUAGUAUGUCUAGAUUCUAAGGAUUAUGUGCAAAUAAGGAAUUCUUUAAUAAUAUUGAUCAAGAUAUUGCCACAUUUUCCUGUCUUGGCAAAACUCUCUCAGAUCCUUGAGCGAAAAGUAGAAAAAGUGAGAGAGGAAGAACGUGGUCAACGUCAGGACUUGCAUGUUCUGGCUACAUCGUACAGUGGACAACUGAAGGCUAAAACUCCCAAUAUGAUACGCGAAUCUGAUUUCCAUCAUGUGGGCGACAAGACUGGAAAGAUACCAGAUACUGCGAAUAAUGAUACAAACGAAAAGGUUAGCAAUGGAGUAGCGACGAAAGAAAAUAAUGGAGACACUCGGCCCGAAAAAGAAAAUAAGGAGCAACGAGAAAAACGAAGUUCAUCCAAUCAAACGCAUCACAGUAUGAAUUCUUUGAAUAGUGAAAACUCUGAGAAGUUCAGGAAGAAAGAAGAUAGUAAGGAUGUCUCAGAAGCAAAAGAGAAAUAUAUCAAGAAGGAAGAAAUGAAAGACGAUGAAGGAUUAGACAAAAAGGAUCGUAAAUAUUAUAAGGAGGAGCAUUAUUAUAGCAGUGGUAUAGAUAAUUUAGACCGAGAUCUUUCCAGUGUAUCAAAUAGUAGCGCUAGUUCGGGACCGACGCAAGAAGGUCCUGAGAGAGUUUCAGAUGCAAAAAGAAGAAAAGUAGAAAGUGCCCCAAAGGAAGGGAGACGUGCGGAGGCUGUCCUUGAUAAAAAAGAACGCAGCAAAGGAAAAACGCGUGAAGAACAGAAGGAGCAGCGUAGAGAAAAGAAACAAGGACGGAAAAGGGAUCGGACGGAAGAAUCUAUGGUAAUUACCGAACAAAAGCGGAGGAAAGAUGAUGAGAGAGCCAAAAGUACGCAUCAGAACGGUGACAUUCCUGAACAUAGAGAAAAGCAUCAUUACAGUAAGGAAAAAUCUCCAUACGCAAAGGAUCGUCCACACGAACGCGAAGGACGCGAAAGCCGUGACAAACAGAAAAAGCACAAUAGCUUGGUAUGAUCCUUAAUUCAAGUGCACUAGAAGGAGUUCAGAUCCAAAAAGAAGAUGAUGUACAACAAUCGAAGGGAGCUCGACUUAACAUUUUUUAUGCUAUGUUUGAUGUUGCAUGUAAUGAACGUAGAAUUCGAAAUAAAGCAAAAAAAGAUAGUGGAUAA